AUGGAGCUGCUUGAAAGCAAAUUUCAAAAUUACAUAGAGCAUCUUAGACAAGAUCAAAUUGAGGAUUUGUCAUCGUCCCCUCCAGCUGUUGGCUCCAUACAGAUUGGUAGAAGCAAUGGCUUUGGCCAUAACAUAGAGUUCAUGUCUCAAGCUUACCUCAGAAACAGAAGCUCAGAUAUUAAUAUAGAGGUAGAAGAUGAUAUAUCAAUUGCUGAUAAAGAUCAACCCCUCCCCAUAUUUCUCAAUGUGAAGAUUAGCCAAGCUUCCUCCAACAAUCCUGUCAAGGAAGUUGCAUCAAAGGUAGCUUCCCAGUUUGAGCAUGACAAUUACAAGCUGAUACUUAAGGUUCGAACAAGGAAGGGUGAAAUUCUUGCCUUAAUGGGGCCUUCUGGCAGUGGGAAAACAACCUUGUUAAAGAUAUUGGGAGAAAGAUUGCAAGAAAAUGUCAGAGGAACUGCCACAUAUAAUGACAUCCCAUAUAAUACAGCUAUCAAUAAGAGACAUCCAAGCAAGAUGAGUCAACGUCAGAAGUAUGAAAGAGCUGAAGUGCAUAUUAAAGAAUUAGGCCUGGAAAGAUGUCGUCAUACAAGAAUAGGUGGAGGACUUAUUAAAGGCAUAUUUGGGGGAGAGAGGGAAAAAACUAGCAUAGGGUAUGAAAUCCUUGUUGAUCCUUUUCUCCUCUUGCUCGACGAACCAACUUCAGGCCUUGAUUCGUCCUCUGCAAGGAAGGAACGAGUCGGUUCCCCUUUCCGUCUUUUGGUAGCAUAA